UCAAGGUGUCUCGGUCAUCUUCCUCCAUCUCUUACUCACCAGAUACCGCGAUGGCUCCUCUUCCAUCGAAGGCAAUCGCGGCGGUGUCUGGCAUGGUUCGACAACGGCUGAGGGCGGCGGUGCGGACCAGAGGCGGCGGCGGGGAGGGGGCUGGGCGGUGGACGAGCCCUGGGACGGAGGAGCGGCCCAAGGGGUACAUCUUCAAUCGGCUGCCGCCCCCCCCGGGGAAGUCGAGGGAGUGGGAGGACUGGGAGCUGCCCUGCUACAUCACCUCCUUCCUCGCCAUCGUCAUCCUCGGCGUCGGCCUCAACGCCAAGCCCGACCUCACUCUCGAGACCUGGGCCCACCAGAAGGCCCUCGAGCGCCUCCAGAAGCAAGAAACCGCCUCCGAUUCUGAUUAGGCAGAUCGCUCUACCCCUCGGUCUCCCGGUAAAAGCUUCGCCUUGGAUCUCGCCUUUUGUUUCUAUGGUCAUCGGAGUAUUUGGAGUUUAGGGUUAAAUAAUAUGAAGGGAUCACGCGUCUUGAUAGGAUUCUCUCGAAUGCUGCAAACAAAGUGGAAUUGUGAAACCCUUAAUCUGUGUAUUUUCCAAGUUUUAUGCUUCACCAAAUUUAAGAUCUUUAUCAACUAUGGCGUUUAAGAAUUUGAAUGAGUGUGCAAUGGUUUUCUUUA